GACGCCAGCCAACUGAAAUAUCACCUCUGUCGUUAAAUGUGUGAUAACCUGGGGUUCAAUGGUGCUCGUAGGUGCUAGUAGGUAUACUUUUUGAGGUCGAAAUAGCAUCAAAGGUUUUUACUUUUCAAAGAAAAGGGGAUAACUCUUCCAGCCAACGCUACGGUGUUCCGUUAUGUUUUAAAACAUGUUUCCCAAUUCAUGGGACUAUGUAUGUAAACUACGUGUUUACAUGCCAACCGAAGUUAACAUGCCAUCCUUUCACCGAACGUGUAAGAGUCCAUUAAAGCAUUGGGCAUGAGGCCACUUUCAAAGAAAUACACAAUAAUUUGUCGUUUUAAAUCCUAUAAAUCUCUCAUAAUGUCAUUUAUUAAUCUUAAAAAGAUCACCGCACAAAUAACUAUGGGUGGAAAUAUAACAGUCCACCCCCAAAACUAUUUUUUUUUUCAAAAUGGCACCAUCCGCACGCCACCUGUAACGUCGAAUGCAGAAGUAGCUUGUUAGCUUACAAACUCAAAAAAACGUUUUUUUUUUUAAACUUUUAUGACAAUUAUUUUAACUUGUGUUGUUAGGUGAGCAUUACGUGGAGGUCUUAAUGAGUGUCGUUGGAGUAUAAAGUAACAAUUUUGAGUUGUUGUUGUUUCUAACGUUUUAAAAAAAAAAAUGAAAAAAAUUGGAUUGGAAUGGAUUUGUGGGAGUGGAAAUUCCACAGUUUGCCCCCCGACAUCGGCGCCGUGACGGAUGGAGAGGGGGGCGGAGAAAAAGCUCCGGAGUGCCUCCGCAAGCGAGCGGGCGGGCGGACGAUGUUGUCUGCCUCGGCGGUCUGUUCGAGAGGGUCGCAUCUCCCAGCUCGACAGAUUUCCUACGCUCGUUUAGGGAGGUUUUUCUUUCCGCUCACCGAGGCUCUUUUCCAGGUGGGAAAACGCGUACCUGCCGCUUGGACCUAACGGAAUUCCUCUUUUCUUUAUUUUUGUUUUGUUUGUUUUUUUCCCCUCCCACCAAUUGGAUUAUUCACCUUCCAGGACCUGUCAAGUUGAAGAUGAACCUCUUACUUUGAGAUCAUUUUGCACACUUUAUUUUUAUUAUUUAUUUUGGAAGUAUUUUCGGGGGAAUUUCUCGGUCGGGAUGUUGCACUGGAGCAGCAGGCGUCCUGGAGCGUUUUGGGUCUUCCUCUUCACGCAGGUCGUCCUGGCGACUGCGCUCACCCAAACUGACGCGUGCGGCGAAGACAUCGACAUCCACUCUCCGGACUACCUGACCUCACCGGGCUACCCUGGCGCUUACCCGUCCUCGCUGCAGUGCGCCUGGGUGAUCACGGCACCCGAGCCGGGCCAGAAGAUCCUCAUCAACUUCAACCCGCAUUUCGACCUAGAGGACAGAGAAUGCAAGUACGACUAUGUGGAGGUGUACAACGGCAAGGAUGAGCUGGCACCCAUGUUGGGUAAGUUCUGUGGCAAGAUUGCACCCUCGCCAAUCAUCUCCAGCGGCGACCAGCUCCUCAUCAAGUUUGUCUCCGACUAUGAGACGCAUGGGGCCGGAUUCUCCCUACGCUACGAGGUCUUCAAGACAGGUCAGGAAUGUUCCAGGAACUUCACGGCUCCCGCGGGGGUCAUUAGCACGCCGGGCUACCCCGACAAGUACCCCAACAACCUGGAGUGCACCUUCAUGAUCUUCGCGCCCAAGAUGUCCGAGAUCUUGGUGGAGUUCGACAGCUUCGACAUGGAGCCCGACACGACGCCGCCACCGGGGGCGCUGUGUCGCUUUGACUGCUUGGAGAUCUGGGACGGAUUCCCCGCAGUGGGUCCCCACAUCGGGCGCUACUGCGGCCAGACAUCCCCGGGCCGCGUCAUCUCCUACACGGGCAUCCUGUCCAUGACCAUCACCACUGACACGGCCAUCACCAGGGAGGGCUUCUCUGCCAACUACACCAUCAGGGACACCAGCCUCCCCCAAGGAAACGGGCAAAAUGCCUUCUUGUGCUCGGAGCCUCUGGGGAUGGAGUCAGGCGAGAUUUCCUCGGAGCAGAUCAGCGCCUCAUCGCAGUACAACAACAACUGGUCACCGGAACGCUCUCGCCUCAACUAUCACGAGAACGGAUGGACGCCGUCAGAUGACACCGUACGCGAGUGGAUCCAGGUGGACUUGGGCUUCCUGAGGUUUAUCACGGCCAUCAGCACACAAGGAGCCAUCUCUAAAGAGACCAAGAAGCACUACUUUGUUCGCUCCUACAAGGUGGACCUGAGCUCCAACGGAGAGGACUGGGUGACGGUGAAGGACGGUUCGAAACAGAAGAUCUUCCAGGGGAACCACAACCCGGCAGACGAGGCUCGCUCCUUACUGCCCAAGCAGACUCUGGCUCGUUAUAUUCGCAUCCGGCCCAUGUCCUGGGAACAAGGCAUCUGCAUGCGCUUUGAGCUCUACGGCUGCAGAACCUCAGACUACCCAUGUUCAGGAAUGCUGGGCAUGGUGUCCGGUCAGAUCUCGGACGGUCAGAUCAGUGCCUCGUCCUAUGCCAACCGGGGCUGGAUGGCCGAGAACGCCCGUUUGUUGACGGGCAGGUCAGGUUGGACGGGCCAGCAGACCAAGCAGCCCUUCAGGAACGAAUGGCUGCAGGUGGACCUGGGCCAGGUCAAGAUGUUGAGCGGCGUGGUGAUUCAGGGCGGCAAACACUACGACAAGAACGUCUUCAUGAAGAAGUUCAAGGUGGGACACAGUCUGGACGGAGAAGUCUGGAUGCUGGUCAACGAGGACAACACCACAAAGCCUAAGAUUUUCUCAGGCAAUCAGAACCACGACACACCUGAGCUGAGGUCGGUGGGUUCUCUGCCAACCCGUUUCGUCCGGAUCUACCCGGAGAGAGCCACCAUGGAGGGGGUGGGCCUACGACUGGAGCUGCUGGGCUGCGAACUGGACGACAUCACAACCACGGCCUUGCCCACCACACCACUCGCCACUAUGCUUCCCUCCACCACGUUUGGAGCGACUACCACGUCGCCCCAAACGGUGCCCGUCACCACGCCGUCCACCAACACCGACACAGACACUCCCAAAGACUACACGUCAGCGACAGCAGGAGGCAUCACACCUGCUGACCCCGUGGUGGACUUCAUACCAGACUACUUGUGGUUCGCCUGUAACUUCGACUUCACCUCCUUCUGUGGUUGGACCACGGAAGCGGGCUCGGGUGCCGAGUGGCUCAUCCAGACUGGCGCAGGCGCUCCAGCCGCACGCAGAGCGCCCACGCUGGACCGCACGGGCCACGCAGGAAACUUCAUCCUUAUGCAUCUGACUGACUCGCCAUUAAGAAGUGAGGAGUAUGUGGAGAAGGUGGCCAGGCUGUCCAGUCUGCCAGUGACGGCGCCCCACGCCGACCUGUGCUUGUCCUUCUGGUACCACAUGCUGGGCCAGCACCCUGGGGUGCUCCACAUCAGACAGGAAGAGGAACAGGAGCUGGGGGAAGGGAGGGGGAACAUCCUGUGGACAAUUAGUGGACACCAGGGGACGCGAUGGAGAGAAGGACGAGUUUUACUACCGAGAUCCAGUCAACCUUACAGAGUGGUUGUGGAGGGUGUUGCGGACAGACUUAGCACAGGACACAUGGCCGUGGACGACAUCCGCAUUUUAGACGCUCUCAACACCGACCACUGCAAAGAUCCACAGGUUCCUCCAUCUCCGCCCACACAAAUCAUCAUCCUACCGAUGGACUCUGUACCGGAAGAGGCAGCGGGCGAGCUGAGCGGCGGCGUGGGCGAGGCGGACAGCAUGCUGAAGACGCUGGACCCCAUCCUGAUCACCAUCAUCGCCAUGUCCGCCCUGGGCGUCUUCGUGGGCGCCGUGUGCGGGGUGGUGCUGUACUGCGCGUGCUCGCACGCCGCCAUGGCCGAGCGGAAUCUCUCGGCGCUGGAGAACUACAACUUCGAGCUGGUGGACGGCGUCAAGCUGAAGAAGGACAAGAUCAACGCACACACUAACUACUCGGAGGCGUGAGGGGCAGGGGCCGGCGCAGGGGCCGCCGUUGGACUUCAGGGUGGGCGUUUCUUUCUCAGGAGCGGCAGUGCUACAGACUGACCUGCAGGGGGGCACUCUGUGCAAACUAACUGACUGUACAGCAAAAAGAAAAAGAAAAAAAGAAGAAGAUAAUCUAUUUGUUUGGGGGUUUUGUUUUGUUGAUUUUGUGGGGGGUUUGUGUUAAUCUUCUCAUGCUGGUGAUGAGACCAAGUCACAAGUAAAUGCGUGUGUGUGUUUGUGCGUCUGUGUGCGUGUUUACGCGCGCGUGCGUGCGUGUUUGUGUGCGUGUUCUAACAGUGCCUUUUUUCCCCACCACUUUUUCUUAAUAAUUUGCCUUUUUUUUCUUUUUUUCAACCAUCACGAGUGUCUCAUCCGGGGUUCCCAUACACACACACACACAGAAUGUCUCAGUGUCCAGUCGAAAUGUGAAGACACGAUCAGUAUUAAGUUGAAAUGUGAAGACAAUGUCUUAGUGUUCAGUUGCAACAUGAAGAUCACGUCUCAGCAUUCAGUCAAAAUCAAAUGACUGCGUCUCGUCAUUCGGUUGAAACAUGAAGACAAUGCAUUGGCGUUCAGUUGAAGACAAUCUCUCCGCAUUAAAUUGAAGAAAAAAUAUCUCAGCAUUCAGUCGGAGCAUGAAGACAUCUCAGCAUUCAGUUAAAGGCGUCUCAGUAUUCAGUUCAAACGUGAGGACAAUUUCUCGGCAUUCCUUUCAAACACUAAGACAAUACCACAGCAUGGAGAAAUACAUUUGGUGAUAGUUCAGAAAUAAUGUGAUUAUUUUCUGGCUUAUGUUCUUUUGUGGUCAAAUUCACAUUUUGUGAUGCUUGUGUGUGUGAGUGCGUGCGUGGGGGGAGCUUUUGAGAGCACACAUACACACACACGUUCUAUCAUAUUGUACAUAAUUUUAAUAUAUUUCUAUGGGAGUUGUUUUUCUACGCGGGAAGGUGCAGCAGUAUCCUUUCUUUAGUGCUUCGAUCUUUGAUAUGUCGUCCCAUACAACACACACACAGACCAUGUUUGUGUGUCUUUUAAUGUGAUUUGUGUGGGCUGGCGUGUGUAAAGAUUUCCGGACUGAAGGGAAGCGGCGCUUUCGUACAGGGUAACACUGGACCCCCGACAAGGAGGAGCCAACACCUCAAGUGUCUCCAUCUUUUCAGUAGGCUGGUUGCCAUGACAACAGGUUGUCUGUUUGUGUGGGUUACACAACAAAAUGGCUGCAGCAUCCUCACACACACACACAUUCAGUACAUAGUGCUCACUUUUCUAAAUCUAAAUUACAGCGGAACCACCAAAGUGGAAAACUCAGCAUCCUGUGGUUGACUUCAAAGUUGUUUGAGUUUCAAACAAAUGUUCCCAUGCAAAAUCGUCUGUUCCAGGGUCAAAGUGGUACCAUCAAGAAAAAAACUUUUUGUCAGGGUUUUUUGAAUUCCAAAAUGUAUUUAAAAAAAAAGACUGUAAAUGUAAAACUAGGCAACACGGUGGAGGACUGGUUAGAACAUCUGCCUCACAGUUCUGAGGACUGGGAUUUUAAUCCAGCCUCACCUGUGUGGCGUUUGCAUGUUCUCCCUGUGCCCGUGUGGGUUUUCUCCAGGUUUCCUCCCACAUCCUAAACACAUGCAUGGUAGGUUAAUUGAAAACUCUAAAUUGCCCGUAGGUGCGAAUGGUUGUUUGUCUAUGUGUGUCCUGCGAUUGGCACCCCCCUCUCGCCCAGAGUCAGCUGGGAUAGGCUCCAGCACACCUGCGACCCUAGGGAGGAUAAACGGUACAGUGAUGGAUAAAUGUAAAACUAAUAUACACACUACACACCAAAUGAAGACACUUCUUUUGCUCCCUUGCUAGCCGUUAUGCUUCCAGCCACAUGCUACUUACACUAGCAUCUGAUUGGUGAAAUUGAUUUGUGUGUGAAUUAUUUAACAUGGAGUGGCUGCGUUGUCUUGAUGUUGCGUUCAAGGAUGGUCCAGAAUCCCCUCACAAAACAACCAAGUGAUUAUUCCAGCGAUCAUUAAAUGUCUAUCUCGCCAACGAACAUUGGUGUUGUGUUCAGGGACAGUCUCAAAUCACAGUUUUUCUUCACGAAGCAAGUGAGAAACAAUUUCUGAGUCAGGUGUCACCCUCAGGGACCACCUGAAAUCACAGUUCUUCAUAAAAACAACUAAUCUCUGAGUCAGGUGUUGCCUUCAAUGACAGUCUGAACUCAUAUCUUCCCAAAAUGUCAUUGUCAUUAGCUUCCAGCUACAUGUAUUUAUCAUUUUGUCAUUAUCUUUGUACUAAAGUCUUGUGAGAUUUGUUGACGUCACACGUGAUGAUGCUUGAAAUUCGCGAAUUGUUCAGACUUUUGGAAGUUCCGCUGUAGCUGAAAAUGUGAUUUUUUUUUUUAAACACUUUUCACAUAGUUUUUUUUUCUGUGCACUUUUGUUUACAAAUUAGCCACAAUAUUUUUUUAUUGAUGUUUUUUUCCAAAUUACCUUAUUUCACAAGUAAACAUUAAAAAUGGACUUUAGUGAGCCGGUGAACAAGAAAGGAUGCCGCAGCACUGGAUGUGAUUAACUAAAAACAUGUUGCACUGAAAUGUAAAAUAAAUUUUAAAAAAAGAUAUGAUAAUUUUAUGAUGUAUGAAAACAAGAUGGCGUUAUAUGUUGUUUUUAAAAUAAUAAUUUAAAAAAUACUUUCCCAUGAAGGUGUACAAUCUCACACCGGAAAAAAAAAAAAAAACAUUUCUGUGGAUGGUAAAAUGGCGACGUGCUGUCAAAUCGAUGAUGUUUUUGUAACAUUUCCUUGUUUUUGUUUGUUUUUCAAAUCUGCUUCUGUAAUGUUACUGUUUUCCACUCCAGAAAAAAUGAAAAGAUGGAAAAGCAGCCCCUCGGCCUUAAAAAGUGUCAAACAAGUGAUUUAAAAAAGAAAAAGAGACUACAGUAGUUUGUACUUUCUGGUGCACGUCCAGAUUCAUCUCCUCUGUGUUGUUGCAGAUCAUUUGGACUUUACAUUCCAAACAAUUGGAUCAAUAAAUGUUUGCAUUAAAUGUCA